AUGCCCUCAGACGAUUACGCAGCCGUCGGCGGCGGCGGCGCCCUGCGCAUCAAGGGCGCCAAGGUGCAAAAGAAGAAGAAGAAGAGGGACAAGUCCGACCUGGAGAAGAACCUCGCGAGUGGCGAAGACAGCGACAAGGCGCUCGUGAAGAGCACCAGCACCAGCAGCAAGGCCGAGGGCAGCAAGCGCAAGGACAAGCGCGACGCCGACGACGAUGACGACAACGAGCGGCGGGACAAGGACGGCCACAGCGGAGAGGAGGACGAUGCGCCCGCGCCUCAAAAGACGGAAGCCGAGCGGCGGUACGACGAGGUCAAGAAGAAGAGGCUACUCGAGAUGACACGGGCUUCGGGCGCACGGCCGGAGCUGCUGAAGACGCACAAGGAGCGAGUCGAGGAGCUCAACACGUACCUGUCCAAGCUGAGCGAGCACCACGACAUGCCCAAGAUCGGGCCCGGUUAG